GUCAAAGGAACAGUUAAACAGUUAACAGGAGAGCCCGGUGAGCAGCUUGUUCUAGCAGCAAGAAAAGAGGGUGCGGACUUUAUUGUAACCGGAAGUCGUGGACUUGGGACAUUAAGACGAACAUUUCUCGGAAGUGUUAGUGACUAUGUUGUGCAUCAUGCCACAGUUCCGGUGGUCGUGUGUAGACUAGAUGACUACGUUUUGUGAUCAUGAUUUUAAUAUUUAUUUUCAUUUUUGAUAACGUUUUUACAUAGGCUGCUGUUUUUUAAUUAGUAAAAGCUUUAUUUGUGUACAUGUGAUGAUGAAUGGGUAAUAGAAAGUAUUUAAAAAGACAACCGGUUAUUGACAUUUAUUGCUUUGUGUAUAUGUAUACAUUAAUUUGUUUUAUAAAUUAUGAAAUAUAUAGUAACUGUUGUU